UCUCUCUUUGUCAGCUUAUACACCUCUAUAUAUCUUUCUCUCUCUUCGUUCAUCUCUUACACGUACUACUACAGCAGUCCAAUUUCAUCUUAUCCAACUUGGUUAUUUGCUUGCGAAGUAAACCAUGCCGCUCGCUAAAGAUUUAUUGCAUCCUUCCUUAGAAAAGGAAAGAAGGAAAUGUAAACUAAAACGACUUGUACAGUCUCCGAACAGUUACUUUAUGGAUGUCAAAUGCCCAGGCUGUUAUAAAAUCACUACAGUAUUUAGUCAUGCUCAAACUGUUGUCUUAUGUGUUGGAUGUUCAACUGUAUUAUGUCAACCCACAGGAGGCAAAGCCAGACUUACAGAAGGUUGCUCAUUCAGAAGGAAACAGCACUGAACAUAAGAUGGUUUGAGGACGUUUAUUAGGCCAGGAGUGUUAGGUUUAUUAAGCUCAGUGAGCUAACGUGGAUGACUGAACACAAAUAAUGCAAGAUGGCCUUCGUUUCAUAUCUUCCUUUUUAUUUUAAAUAAAAUUUCUUAUGAAAAUUUGAUAAUAAAUGUUAUUUCAAAAUA